UCUCUCUCUCUCUCUCUGUGGAAUUUUCUCAGUUUUGUUGUUCUUUUAUACGAGAGCAGAUUGCAAUUCUAGGGUUUCUAAUUCCAAUUCGAAUUCGUUAUUACCAGCCUUUUAUGCUAGAUUAGUCGUCGCCACAUAUCGAAUUUAAGGAAACUGUUCUGCGCUAGUUCGGCAUUAAAUAUCAAAAUGGGACUUUGCAUGCCCAAGCCUAGAGAUGAUCAAGAUGAUUCUGAUCAUAAUGUUGUGUUUGCUGGUGGGAAUGUGAACAUUAUCAAUACAAAAGAAAGUUGGGACCAGAAACUAGAAGAAGCAAAAAGGGAUGGAAAAAUUGUUAUUGCAAACUUCAGUGCGACCUGGUGUGGUCCUUGCAAAAUGAUUGCACCAUUGUACUGCGAGUUAUCCGAGAAAUAUCCUUCUCUUAUGUUUCUUUUGAUCGAUGUCGACGAAAUGACCGAUUUCAGCUCGUCAUGGGACAUUAAAGCCACUCCUACUUUCUUCUUCCUCCGAGAUGGAGAACAAAUCGACAAGCUUGUAGGAGCCAACAAGCCCGAGCUCCAGAAGAAGAUAACCGCGAUUGUAGAUUCGGGUCCCUUGCCAUGAGAAGUGACUUUUGGUCAUGAAAAAGGGCCAUCAAGUGUUUCUAUGCCAUUGUGAUUUUCCAAAUGCUUUUGUUGUUAAUAUUUGUUUACAACUCACGCUUGUAAAUGGGAUUGAUGGUAUUCAGCUAUUUCAUUGGUUCAAAAUCUUGGGAUCCUUUUGAACCCGGGAAUCGAUCUCGUUGUAUUCUUUCAAGAACACUGCUUCUGGAACCUGGAUACUUCUUUUUGGUUGCAGCGGUCAUUAGUUUUUGGUAAGCUUGAAAUGCAGAUUAUAAAAUAGUAAAUAAUCCUUAUUUUUAAGACCACUUCAAUAAUCCUUGAGCAGUCUCUUAUUAGUUUGCGGCAAGCUACCAAAUGAUGUAUUGUUUUCUGACCCCAUUAUGGAUAUCUGAAGUCAAGAUGUUGUAGAAACUAGAAACUUUGAUGCAAAAGUGAUUGUCGUUUCAACUAUGGAUCCAUACUUUUGAGUCA